AUUGUCCGGCGGUAUGGACCGGUCAUCCGGACACAAGUUCCUAAAUUUCACUCAAAUCCUUUACAUGCAUGAUUUCUUAUACACUUUACAAAAGGCUUUAGCGAUGCAAUACUGAUAGACGUGACGUGACACCGUGACUUUGUGAAUUUACUGGUUUGGCAUACUCUGUUUAGUUAAGGGGGAACCGUAUUAUACUAUAAUAGCAUAAGCUGCGAUGUUCUGCGCCUUGGGUAGCCUCAUCGGCCACAGAGCCGUCAGUCACUAUGCAGCGUCCUCCUCUUCACGGGCUUCCUCGUUGUUGGCAUCUAAAACACAGCUUAUGGACCAGCCACUUGCAGAGGCCCGGCGCGCCUUAAGUCAGCCCACAGCCGCAUCAGCGGUCGCGGCAAAUGCGCCAGCGGAUGCAGCGGGCUCACCUUCAGCCUCAGCAACUGGGGCGGCUGUAGAGGACCUCCAGAACGCCACCAUCCCUCCCGUCCUUCUGCAACAGCUGAGCAUACCCCCAAGCGUCCUCCGGGACCUGCGACCUCCGGUCCAGCCCUACCAAGUCGUUCCCAAGCAAGCACAGCGCCCAACCUCCACGCCCGCACUCUACACCCCCUGGACGCCAACCCGCGCCCUACAGCGGCGGGGACACGUCUCCAAGCGCAUGGGCUUUCUGAUGCAAGUCCUGGAACGUGAGCAGAUGAACCGCGUGCAGGAAGCCCGGCCGCUGCCCAACUUCCGUGCUGGGGACAUUCUGGAGGUCCGCAUGAUGCUUCCGGAGGUAGAGCGCAAGGUGGCCGUGUACCGCGGUGUGUGCAUCGCGCGCUACCACAAGGGGCUGCGCAGCACCUUCAAGAUCUACAACGUGUUCCCGGAGUGCGGCGGCGUGGUGCAGCACAUCCCGCUCUACAUGCCGGACCUGCUGGGGAUCAAGGUGGUGGGACGCAUCCCCGCCUCGCAGGAGCGCCUGUACUACCUGUUGGACCGGGAGUCCAGCGAAUACACCUUCCAAACAGGUGUGCCGCAAGCCAAGUAAGGCGCCCGACGGGGCGCCUCCAAUGGAGCUGGGCCCUGUGGUGGAGCCUGAAAGUAGCGUACGCGCGGUAUAUGCUGGAUGCGCGUUAGCUCAGCGGCGACGGUUGGCGCGGCAUAGGCGGGAAGGACGUGGAGUUAGCUGCUUCUCUUGGGCGUGCUUGGUUGCCUUGCGAGGUGUUGGGGGGCGUGCGGCGCUCAGAAUGCGGAACGAUGGGCCCGGUCACUUGUCUGAGCGUUUCGGGCUAGGAUGACGUGACAAGCUGCUUUUAAGAAAACUGGCGUGCAAGGGUCGGAAGUUGAAGUGCUUGGCGUCAGCUGGGUACUGUUAUGGGAGGGGUGAGUUGCGUGACCCUUGGGUCACAUGUAUGCAUGGACCUGAGGACGCGGGUAAUGGCAUUGCAUGUCGUCUUGGAGGUUUUCACAUGUGAGGUUUUAAGUGUUGUGAGCAUAUGCCUGCAGCUGGGGACAGUAUUCGCAGAACAGAGUGUGGUAGGAUUAGGUAAAGGGUGCGGUAAGUGGCACUUACAGGGUAGUCGAAUAGUCGUAACACGUCGAAUCUCGACGCGCCAAGCGUGCAUAGGCGGGCACACGGCAC